CGGCCUGCAGAACUGCUCGCUACUUUCAAACCUGGUUCGUGUUGGAUGUCGGAGGCUGCUGCUCCUCUCGGGGCGGCCCUCUUGGGCUUCGUGUAUGCGCUGCCUCACCUCAACAGGUUCCCCGGACCAUAUAGAUUCACAACAACGGCGGCGCUCGCAGCAGAGACGGAAAAUGCCUUCAAGCUGCUGAUGCUCAAGGUGCUGCCCCGCCAGCAGGCGCAGCCCCUGCAGCCAGCACAACCGCCGGCCCUGCUACAGCCGCAACAGAAGCCGCCGCUGCAACUGCAGCCAGCCAGCGGCCAG